GACAAUUAAGGACAUCUUUUCCUUUCAAAAUUUAUUAAUGGGGCCUUUUUGAAUCAGAAGGGACGUAUAUAUAUACUAGGGGGGGUAUAUAAUAUAAAUGGGCGACCAACCACGCACUAAUCAGCAACAACAUAACUGAUCGAAAGAAUAAUGGCGGCGGCGGAGCAAGGCAGCGGAGAAGCAGACCACCGCCGCAGGGGGGUGGCGGUGCUGGUGCCUUACCCCUUCCAGGGCCACCUCACGCCGAUGCUCCAACUGGGGUCUGUCCUUCACAACAGGGGAUUCUCCAUCCUCAUCGCCCACACCCAAUUCCAAUCCCCCAACCCCAAAAGCCACCCCAACUUCCUCUUCCACGCCCUCCACGACGGCGGCCUGUCCUCGUCAAGAGGCGGCAGCAUCCCGCCGGAGAAGUUCUUCGCGACCAUGCAGGAGAACUGCAGGGCGUCGCUGGAGAAGUACCUCGCUGGACGGUUGGAAAAACAACAUAGUAAUAAGGAUGAUGAGGGGGAGAGGAUUAAGUGCGUCAUUUAUGACAAUAAUAUGUUCUUUGCGAGAGAAGUGGCGGCCCGUCUGGACAUUCCCAGCAUCGUAUUGCGCCCACACUGUGCCGCCAUUUUGCAACACAUUGCCUUGGCUCUUACCCAUGGCUCUCGAGAAGAUGCUAAACCACAAGAUGAGCCGCCGACGCUUCAAAGAGAUGCAAAGUCACUGCAAUAUCUACAGAACCUGUACGACGCGCAUCCGUCGGUGGGGUGCAUCUGGAACACGGCGGACUGCCUGGACCACUCCGUCCUGGCACAGCCGCCUCAUCAACGGCCCACCAAGAUCCCCUACUUCGCCAUUGGCCCUCUCCACAAGCUCGCUCCUCCCGACUUCUCCUCCUCUUGCAGUCUCCAUGAAGAGGACUCCGCCUGUCUCGCCUGGCUCGACACCCAUCCUCCUCGCUCCGUCGUCUAUGUCAGCUGCGGAAGCUUGCCGCUCGACGGCGGAAAGGAGGUGACGGAGAUGGCUUGGGGCUUGGCCAACUGCGGCUACCCCUUCCUAUGGGCUCUCCUCCCCAGCUCAUCACAAGGCACCGUGGAGGACCUUAUGCCGGAAGGGUUCAGAGAGAAGGUGGGAGAGAGGGGGAAGCUGGUGAGGUGGGCGCCGCAGAAGGCGGUUCUGGGGCACCCCUCGGUGGCGGUGUACCUGACGCACGCCGGGUGGGGCUCGGCCAUGGAGAGCAUAUGCGGGGGCGUGCCGAUGAUUUGCAGGCCGAUAUACGCAGACCAGUUCGUGAACAGCCAGCACCUGAGCCGGGAGGUGAAGGUGGGGGUGGAGCUGGAGGAGGGGGCGGAGAGAGGCGGCGUGGAGAGGGCGAUAAGGAGAGUGAUGGGGAAGGAAGGGGAGGAGGUGAGGGAGAGAGUGGCGGAGCUGAAGAGGGAGAUAGAUGAUGCGGUUGGGGAAGGCGGGUCUUCUCGGAGAGCUUUAGACGAACUGGUUCACUUCAUUGAUGCAUUCAAUCCAUCUUCACCACUCCCUACCACCUACUAGCUAGCUACUUGUGAUCUUCAUUUUGAGACAAAUGGAGUGGUGUUUAAUUAAAAAAAACUCUCUCUCAAGAAUAAUAUUGAUUGAUAAUAAUUACUCUCGAGUAUAAUAUGUUCUCCUUUUGUUUCUGCCCCUUCUAUUUUUAAAAAGAGACUAAAUUAGUAUGGUUUGCGUAUUACCGCAUUUGAAUGUCUAUUUGACAAUGAUGGAUUUAGCCUCACAAUUAUAGCGUCCUAAGAACAAAAGAAUAACAAUAUGGGAAAUAAGAACUCUGGUAUUCCUCCGUCCCAGAAAGAAUGUCACGUUUACUAUUCUGGCCCCUCGAUAACUUUUGUUUG